AUGAGUGCUGAGAACAUGGAGGUGCGAUGGUUCCGAUUCCAAUAUCAUUCAGUUGUCCACCUGUAUCAGGAGGGACAGGAUAAGUAUGAAGAGCAGAUGCUGGAAUAUCAUGGGAGGACAGAACUGCUGAAAGAUGGCAUCACUAAUGGGAGUGUUUCCCUGAGAAUACACCAGGUCAAGCUCUCUGAUCAUGGGCAGUACACAUGCUUUUUUCAAUACAAGAUCUUUUAUGAAGAAGCCAUUUUGGAGCUGAUGGUAUCAGACUCUAGAGGUUUAAAACACGUGGGAUUCAAUGGUUGGAUCCUCACAGCAGUCUGCUAUGGGCUCGGACCCCAUAUUUCUGUUGAUGGUCACCAGGAUGGAGGAAUCCGGGUUGUGUGUCAGUCGGCUGGAUGGCACCCAGAACCUGAGGCUCAGUGGAGAGAUCGCCAUGGGCAGCUGCUAUCAUCUGCCUCUGAAAAAAUAUCCAAGGCGGACAAUGGCCUAUUUCAAACUCAGAUUUCUAUUGUUAUAACAGAAGAUUCCAACCAGAAUUUGUCCUGUUCUGUCAGGAACCCACUCGUCAACCAAGAUAAAAUAUCAACAGUUUUCAUAGCAGAGCUGUUUUUCCCAAGGGUCAAUCCCUGGAUAGUUGCUCUGGGUGUGAUCCUGGCUAUUCUCAUUGCCCUGGCCAGUUACUGCUUCUGGAGGCAACAUGGAAUGAAAGAGAUGCUGCGAUCUGACAUUGCGAGACAGAAAGAAGAACAUCGUGAAGAAAUAGGGAAACUCUUCACUGAAUUGGGGCUUGGAUUGAGAAGAGCCCAGCUAUAUGCAGGUACUGUACCUAACACUGACACUUUAUUCACGUCGGCAUCCCACCUGCUCCUGAGAGCUCUCUCCUCACUUCCCAGUGCACCAGCACUUCCAUAGCAAAAGCAAUAGGCUGGAAACAGCAAUGUCACUGGGGGUGGGUGGAA